ACACCCGGUCAAAUCCCGUUACACUUUUUUGAACAUGGCGGACGUUGUGUGCUUCAUCAGACUUUGUACAUUACUUCAGCUUGUAAUUUGUCAAGUUUCCUGGAGUGAUAGCACUGUUAAAAUCCUCGAUGAUAAUUCUUUUGAGCACUUGACUCAAGCCUCAACGGGAUCAACGACUGGAGACUGGUUGAUAGUGUUUUCUUUCACUGAACGUGAUCCAGAGUGUGCAGAAUGCAAGAAAGCAGAUGAGGCAAUAGAGAAAAGUCAAGAACAUGACAAUUAGACGAUUUGAUGUUCACAAAUGGCCAACUGUUAUUCUCCUUAAACAGGGCAAACAAUAUCAUUACUCAUCAGAGAAUCUUGAUGCAGAGUCUUUUGUGAGGUUUAUUGAAGAAGGUUAUCAGCUGGCAGCAGUUACACCAGUACCACCUCCAGUAGGAAAAUUUGAUGUUUUCCUUGAAGAAAUCAUGGAUGAUGUAAGGCACAUUAUAAUGCUGAGGAAAAAUGCAGCUGCCAUGAUUUUCAUUGCGGGAAUCCUCUUUGGUCUGAUGAUCACACCAGUGCUUAAAUUGUUGGCAGUAUGCCUCUACAACUCGUUUCUUCAAGAGCCAGACUCAGACCAAAAUUAUGAAGACGAGGGUUUGGGUAAAGACGAAGUUGACGAAGAUGAAGAAGUGGAAGAAAAGAAAGAAAGAUGAAAAGGCGAAUUCUUGUGAACUUGACACAUCAGAUCUCUGAGGCCAUCUUAGAUCUUGGCUUCUCCGAGAAGCUUACAGAUCGAAUUAUUUUAACCAUGCAAUCCUGAAAAAGAUUCCUCUCAAUUACGUUGAGGCCACUGAUGAAGCGUAUAUUUUGUGAUUACGUCCGUGUUGAUCUCUCCUAAGACUUAUUUAGUACCAAAUAAAUAAAGGGGGUAAGUUUCUAA